AUGAUCUCUUCAUUGUGGUUCAUUUGCUAUAUCAUUCCUUUUGUUUCUUCAUUCAAUGCUGAACAAAGCAAGCUGUCUAGUCACUUCGUACUUGUAGGAGAGCCUAUUGCUAUCAGUUGUCAAAUAGCUAAAAUUCCACCACUUCACUCUGACUACAAUCUGACUUGGUAUAGAAAUGGUAGUGCUACACCAAUAACUACAGAGACACAUUCCAGAAUCCAUCAGCGAGAUGACUUGCUUUGGUUUAUUCCUGCAACUUUAGAAGAUACAGGACUUUAUGAAUGUAACAUACGGAAUUCUAACAGCUCUGACAAAGAAUAUAUACAUCUAAAUGUUUUCAAGAACAAUGAUGGCUUAUGUUUUAAUGGAGAAACUAUGUAUAAACAAAAAGUGUUUAUGUCAAUUGGUGGAAAGAUUACAUGUCCUGAUCUGGAAUAUUUUUAUGAUGAAAAUAAUACUGCACCUGAAAUACAGUGGUAUAAGGAAUGUAAGCCUGGAUUACUGCAGGACAAGAGAUUUCUUUCAUCAAAGUAUGAUAUCUAUCUUUUGAUUAAUAAUGUAACUAUGCAUGACAAAGGAAACUACACGUGCCAGACAACAUAUACUUAUAUAGGAAUACAACAUAAUGUUUCACGAACCAUUUAUGUAGACAUUGAAGAGGGCCCGAAGAAGACACCACCAAAGUUUAUUUAUCCAAAAAACCAUUCGAUUGAAGUAGAACUUGGAUCUCAUGUCAUCAUGGACUGUAAUAUAUCCAGUAGCAUAGGUACUUUGAAUCCAUACUGGCAAGUCAAUGGUGAGGAUGUUAAUAGAUUUGAUGAUACCUACGAGGAACAAUUCUAUGAAAAACCUUCCCCGGGAGGUGGUUUUAUAAUUGGAGCAAGAUUCAACAUUUCAAAAGUGAAAAGUAAGGAUUAUUCUCACAAGUUUUUCUGUUGUGUUUUACAUCCCUAUGGCGAAGCUGUAGCAUACAUUGUACUAAAACACCCAGCUCCAAACAUUCAGGGUUACUUGAUUGGAGGACUUGUUUCACUGGUAUUUGUAAUAGUUGUUGCUGUGUUUGUCUACAAGCUACUCAAGAUUGACAUUGUGCUUUGGUAUCGGAACUCCUGCCAUCCUUUUCUGAGUAAAGAAGUUUCAGAUGGGAAGAUCUAUGAUGCAUAUGUGCUGUAUCCAAAAAACAGAGUAAGCUGCCUCUACUCACCAGAUAUCUUUGCACUAAAGAUAUUACCUGAGGUCUUAGAGAGACAGUGUGGAUACAAUCUCUUUAUAUUUGGAAGGGAUGAUUUACCAGGACAAGCUGUGGUCAAUGUCACUGAUGAAAAAAUCAACCAAAGCAGAAGAGUGAUACUUGUGUUAGUACCAGAAUCAUCCUGUUAUAGUGUGUUAGAAGAUACCUCUGAACAGCAACUGGCUGUGUACAAUGCUCUUAUCCGUGAUGGAAUUAAAGUUAUUCUAAUUGAACUGGAUAAAAUAAAGGACUAUACGAACAUGCCAGAAUCGAUCAAAUAUAUUAAGCAAAAGCAUGGGGCUAUCAGAUGGAAAGGGGACUUCACAGAGAAAUCUCAUUCAGCAAGUACAAAAUUCUGGAAAAAUGUACGAUACCAAAUGCCACCCAGACAAACCGUGUCUCCCUCAGAACUACAGUUACUACAAACAGCGUUUAAUUCUCCACAUACAAUAACGUUAGAAAGAUGA